GUGUUGGCCAAUGACAGUAGUCGAUAGAUUAUUUCGCUAGCCGGGAAUUUGCCGAUUAUACUAAGGUACUGACCAAUAGUAGCGCAAAAUGCGCUAAGAAACGACCAAGUGACUCUGGAGCCUUAAGACGUUUCGAUGAUUUCGACGCGGCAGGUGCCCAAAAUUUGAGACAUUACAAAGCAAGUAUUUUGUUAUUCACGUGCAGUGAAAGGGAAACUUUAAGGGAAAACUUUAGUAACUAUCACAGGAAAAAAAAAAAAAAAAAUCAUUUCUUUAAUCACGUUUUUUGCCUUAUCAAACUUUCCACAAAAAUACGCAUUGUCUGUUUGAUAAAGUAUAAAGUACCUAAAGGCUAAGGUGUUCCUCAUUUGGCCUCCCUUAUGCCAAUAAAGACUAGCCUCGCCCGAGCGCGUCAGCGGACUAUAUACAAAGGGAAAACCAUGGCAUCAAUGGCCUUUCGUCCCGGUUCAACAAAUAGGCCUGAGGACACUGAAGACACUGAAGAUUUCGAGGAUUCCCACGAUUCUCAAGGUAACCCGGAUGAGCUGGUAAAUAAACACACAACUUACCUCACUUUUAAACCCAUCAUUGUUCCAACAGCUUACCCAAGUUCAGAAACCAAUGAUCCCUGAUCUGUUCACUAGCUGGCCCCCUAUUCGGGAAGCCCUUGCUACAGCUACUUCCAACGUACAAGAUAUCACUGUGAACGAAUGCCUGCCUUUCUUGGCGGCGCAGGUUGAUAGCGUGCCCUACAAUCAGUAUGGCCUACCACGCCUUGAUAGGGAACGGCAUAUCAAGUUCCUCCGUAAGAACCUAGCACCCCUUCCUGCCCGAUUUGUCAUGUUAGACGCAAGCAGACCCUGGGUUCUUUACUGGUGCCUCAAUGGUCUGUCCCUUCUGGGGGAGGAUGUGUCCGGUUACCGCGAUAGCCUUAUAGAAACAGCACGUUCUAUGCAGAAUCCUACUGGCGGGUUUGGAGGAGGUUUCGGCCAUGCUUCCCACCUGGCCUGUACCUACGCCGUGGUAUUGGCACUAGCUGUAGUAGGAGGCGAUGCUGCCUAUGAAGUCAUCGACCGAAGGGCUCUUUGGAAAUGGCUUUGUGCCUUGAAGCAGCCCGACGGGGGCUUUCGGAUGGCUGUUGGAGGCGAAGUCGACAUAAGGGGAGCCUAUUGCGCAGCUGUCCUAAUUACCCUGCUUAACCUCCCUCUUGAGUUGCCGCCUGAUUCUCCAGCAUGGACGCCUGACGGACCAGACUUAUUCACAGGUCUAGGAGAUUAUGUACGGCGAUGCCAAACCUUUGAGGGUGGAAUUUCGGCGCAACCAGAUGGCGAAGCCCAUGGAGCUUACGCUUUCUGUGCUUUGGGUUGCCUCGCGAUUCUUGAUGCUCCGCAUCGCACAUUUCCCAGGUAUCUUGAUGUCCCGCGACUUAUCUCGUGGCUGUCAUCUCGACAGUAUGCACCGGAAGGCGGGUAUAGCGGCCGCACGAACAAGCUUGUCGAUGGCUGCUACAGCCACUGGGUAGGCUGUUGUUGGCCAUUGGUUGAAGCCAGCCUUGACGGUCCAUCUAGCCUAAUGUUUGACAUAAACAAAACAAAAAACCCUGAUAUUGAUAUCCACAACAUUUACAGCCGCGAAGGCCUAAUCAGGUACAUCCUCUGUUGCGCGCAAGAUCAAUCAAAAAGGGGUGGUAUGAGAGACAAGCCAAGCAAAACUUCUGAUGCAUAUCAUACCUGCUACGUACUCAGCGGACUUUCCUCAGCUCAGCAUGUUACUCGUUUACUUGCCUCGGAUGGUGAAGGAAUGAUGACGCAUUCGGAAUAUGACGUCGAGCCUCUCCGCGGAAGCCCUCAGAUUUAUUCUGAAGAAGAUCGACUCAACACUACUGAUCCUGUAUAUUUCAUACCUGAGGGGAAACGGAAAGAAAUCAUGUCAUAUUUCCUAUCGAAGCCGGGUUUUUGACCCGCUUGUGGCCGCAUAUGAAGAGGCCAUAUCCGACACUACGCCGGACCAAUCGAGGAAGGCUGAGAAUUUCCCUCGCAUCCUACGAAUAUUCAAUCUUUCACCCGUGAAUAAUGAUUGUCAGCAUUACAGCCUCUCUCUCUCUCUCUCUCAUGUGCCGA